UUGCAUGUUCAGUAUUGACACCUGAUUCCCCCUUCCCCUCCCCACACUGGUCUAUAAAUGCCCCAGGCACGGCCAGUGUCCCAUGCAGGCUGCACUUGAUCCGACCUUGCACCAGAGCUGCUACGCAGAGAGACAAUCAGGGAAGCGAGAAGAUGGGGCCAGUCGCCUACUUCAGCCUUUGCCUCCUCGGCUGCCUGAUCUUUAACCCCUCGCUGGAAGGAAUAGGGGCCACGUGCUGUCCCAAUGACUGGAUUCAAUACAAAGACUUCUGCUAUGGGUUCUUCUCCGACAAGAUGACCUGGUCGGAGGCUGAGGUGCAGUGUCAGUAUCACCACAAAAGGGCCCAUCUCGCCUCCAUUCUCAAUGAGGCAGAAGGGAACACGGUGGCCAAAUACAUCAGCAUGUCACACUCCCCCACGGAUCGUGUCUGGAUCGGACUGCAAGACCCUCGACAGAACAGACACUGGAGGUGGACCGAUAGCUCCCUGUAUAGCUACAGUGCUUGGAACGCCAGGGAACCAAACAAUCAAAGUGGUUUCGAGUACUGCACUCAGCUGCAGAGCCACACAGGUUUUAAGAACUGGAACGAUGCUCCCUGUAACGAGAAAAACGGCUACGUUUGCAAGUAUGAACUGUAGCGAGGGGAGUCACUCGCCUGUGUCUGAAGGGGAAGCUCAGCGCCUGGGAUGCAAAAGAACUGGGCUCCUUGGGCAUGAUCAGGCAACGUCCCAGACUUUCCGAUGCCUUUGCUGCAUGGAGGGCCAGUCCCCUCCCUCCCUGAGAGACCAGAUCUCACUUUCCCACCUGCAAACCCUCUUCCCCCAAGUGUCUCUGUUCUAGUUACACACCUGCCCCUUCCCGCCCUUCCCCUCAGUGCCUGCAGCCCAUGACAAGAAUAAACUCUCCUGAGCAUUCAGUUCUGUGCGUGUCUCCUCUGUCCCAUUCCUGGCACCACAUAGAUGCGUCCAUCCAGCCUCCUCUGACUGUGUCCUGAACCGCCCAGAUCCCAGUGGAGGAGAGGACUGGGACCCCCAGAGGGAAGCAGGAUGGGCCUGGCCUUUUGGAUAACAGACAGGACAUGGUUUCCCUCCAGAUAUCUGCAAUACCCAGAGUUUCCUCUCUCUUCUGGCCACCCAUCACCUCCUGGUCUCAUCUCCACUCAGACACUGAGCUCCUCAAAGCAGGGACGUAUCUAGCUGUUGUGUAAACAUCAUUGUCCUUCAGAGCUGGGAACGUGACCCUGCACCACCGGAGCUAAAGGACUCAGCGCCCGUAGCUGAGAGCUGUAGCAGACUCCUGGGAUCAGCCAGCCCACACGUCCCAGUGGGUACACGGGCUCCAUCUACUGUAUGGUGCUACGGAAAUCAAACACUAUUUGUAACAACAAAAGACUGAGCCAGGACUCCUGAGUUCCAUUCCUGGCUUGGCCACCAUUGGCUUCCUGUGUGACCAUCCCUGGGGAAAGCCCCUCCCCAUCUCAGGCAGUGCAGGGGGGCUAAUGACACUAACCUGCCUCUCAGGGAGGGUGAGAGGAUAAAGCCAGGAGUGUCUGUGACGCACUUGGGGAUCCUUGUAUGGAUGGUUCUCCAGGGAACAUUGUUAGCGAGGCUCAGGUGUCCCCAGCUCCGCACCUCGACGGGAGGACUGGGUCACAGCAUCCAGCCCCUGGAGCUCACCGGUUGGAGGGGGCUCUAGCCAGCUGUGCCCUCCGGGGGUGGGCUCUCCCUGGGGAACUUACCCCCUGAGCAGGGGGAGGGAUUUG